AUGAACGAUCAAUAUCAUUAUGUAUGCCGGCUCGGACGCCGCCCAGGUAAACAAGGUCCGCGUCCUCUGUCGGGAGACCAGGGCAGAGUCGAAAAAUUGGUUACUGGAAAUACGACGACGACAACGACAACGACAACAACAGCUGAAAUUCCAAAUAAAACCAAAAUCUUGACGACAGCAUUAACAGUAGCACCACUAACAGCAACAUUAUUAACAGCAACACCAUCAACAACAACAUCAUUAACAGCAACACCAUCAACAGUAACACCAUCAGCAGCAAUAUCAUCAACAGCAAUACCAUCAACCGCAACAUCAUUAACAGCGACAACCGAAUAUAAACGAACAGAAGCGCUAACAAAAACCACCGAAGACAGAGCGCAACGACUGAAAAUGGCGAAAAAUAUUUUUACAGUGGGAACCUGGAAUGUUCGAACUCUGUAG